CCUCAAAACCCUACGUCGACUUUUCACCGUUUCAUUUUCGUUUCACCUGACGAAAGCUAGCAUGAGAGCUCCUUACCUUCUCCUUCUACUACUCUUAUCUCUGCACUUGACACUCGUCCUCCCAUGGAAGAAGGACGAAUUCAGAAACUGUAACCAGACUCCCUUCUGCAAGCGAGCCCGCGCCUUUAAGCGUGGAUCCUGCUCUCUUGUUGCUCACGACGUUUCUAUUAACGAUGGGGACCUCACUGCCAAGCUCCUCCCUAGGAAUCAGGACCCAGAUCAUCCACCCAACCCCUUGUUACUUGUUCUUUCCGUGUAUCAAGACGGAAUUGUGCGCCUUAGGAUCGACGAGGAUCCUUCUCUUGGUCCACCCAAAAAGCGAUUCCAGUUACCCAAUGUGAUUGUGGACGAGUUUUUGAGCCAAAAGCUUUGGUUGCAGCGAAUUUCAACCGAGACAAUCGGAUCCGAUUUACGCCCCUCUUCGAUCGUCUACUUGUCCGAUGGUUACGAGGCAGUUCUUCGCCAGGAUCCGUUUGAGGUUUUCGUGCGGGAGAAGUCGGGUAAACGCGUCUUAUCUUUAAAUUCUCAUGGGUUAUUCGAUUUCGAGCAAUUGAGGGUUAAGGAUGAAGGCGAGGACUGGGAGGAGAAGUUCAGAGGACAUACUGAUACCAGACCGUUCGGUCCCCAAUCCAUUAGUUUCGACGUUUCGUUUUAUGAUGCUGAUUUUGUUUAUGGAAUACCGGAGCAUGCAACUAGCCUCGCUCUAAAGCCCACCAGAGGACCCGACGUCGAGGAGUCAGAACCUUACAGGCUGUUCAAUUUGGAUGUUUUCGAAUAUCUUCACGACUCUCCGUUUGGGCUUUACGGGUCAAUCCCCUUCAUGAUUUCACACGGGAAAUCGCGGGGGACUUCUGGGUUUUUUUGGUUGAAUGCUGCUGAAAUGCAAAUUGAUGUUCUUGGAUCUGGCUGGGAUGCUGAAUCUGGGAUUUCUCUUCCUUCAUCUCAAAGUAGUAUCGAUACCUUUUGGAUGAGUGAGGCAGGCAUUGUGGAUACGUUCUUUUUUGUCGGUCCAGGGCCGAAGGAUGUUGUUCGCCAGUACACCAGUGUGACGGGGACUUCAGCAAUGCCCCAGCUCUUUGCAACAGCAUAUCAUCAAUGUAGGUGGAAUUAUAGGGAUGAAGAGGAUGUUGCACAUGUCGAUUCUAAAUUUGAUGAACAUGAUAUUCCCUACGAUGUCUUGUGGCUUGAUAUCGACCACACAGAUGGGAAAAGGUAUAUGACAUGGGACAGGUCGCUUUUUCCCAAUCCGGAAGAGAUGCAAAAGAAGUUGGCUGCCAAAGGAAGGUACAUGGUUACCGUAGUGGAUCCACAUGUCAAGCGGGAGGAUUCUUUUACAUUGCAUAAGGAAGCAAGCAAGAAAGGAUAUUAUGUCAAGGAUGCUGCCGGAAAUGAUUAUGAUGGGUGGUGCUGGCCAGGUUCAUCAUCUUACCUGGACGCGUUAAGUCCAGAGGUUAGGUCAUGGUGGGGAGAGAAGUUUUCUCUCCAAAACUAUGUUGGUUCUACCCCGACCUUAUAUAUAUGGAAUGAUAUGAACGAGCCUUCUGUUUUCAGUGGUCCAGAGGGUACAAUGCCUCGAAAUGCUCUACAUUAUGGAGGUGUAGAACAUCGGGAAUUACAUAAUGCCUAUGGAUAUUACUUUCAUAUGGCCACGUCAGAGGGGCUAGUUAAGCGGGGUGAUGGAAAUGAUAGACCUUUUGUGCUCUCACGAGCAGCUUUUGCUGGAACCCAAAAAUAUGGAACAGUAUGGACAGGAGACAGUUCAGCUGAGUGGGAUUAUCUCAGGGUCUCCGUUCCGAUGGUUUUGACUCUUGGACUUACUGGAUUGUCAUUCUCUGGUGCUGAUGUUGGUGGAUUUUUCGGAAAUCCUGAGGCUGAGCUGUUAGUGCGUUGGUUUCAGCUAGGUGCCUUUUAUCCCUUCUUUAGAGGCCAUGCUCACCAUGACACCAAAAGGAGAGAACCUUGGUUAUUUGGGGAACGGAAUACAGAAUUAAUGAGAGAUGCUAUACGCGUUCGGUAUGUGUUGCUACCGUAUUUCUAUACUCUAUUUCGAGAAGCAAAUAUGACUGGUAUUCCUGUUGUACGUCCAUUGUGGAUGGAAUUUCCAUCUGAUGAAGUUACAUUUAAAAAUGAUGAAGCUUUUAUGGUUGGGAGCGCUCUUUUGGUCCAAGGAAUAUAUACCAAGGAAGCUAAAAAAGUGUCGGUGUAUUUGCCUGGGAAGCAGUCUUGGUAUGAUUUUAGAACUGGAACUAUAUAUAAGGGUGGUAUUACCCACCAGCUAGAGGUUUUUGAAGAAAGCAUCCCUACUUUCCAAAAAGCUGGAACGAUAAUACCCAGAAAGGACCGAUCUCGGCGGAGCUCUACACAGAUGGUGAAUGACCCCUACACUCUGGUGGUAGCUCUUAAUAGUUCACAAGCAGCCGAAGGCGAACUUUAUAUUGAUGACGGUAAAAGCUUCGAAUUUAAGCAAGGGGCUUUCAUUCACCGCCGAUUUGUGUUCUCAGACGGCAAACUUACAUCAUUGAACGUGGGACCAAUAGCUUCUAGUAGCACCAAGUUUUCUUCCAACUGUGUUAUUGAGAGAAUUAUACUGCUAGGACACUCUGGAGCAAAGUCUGCUCUAGUUGAGCCCGAAAAUAGAAAGGUAGAUAUUGAGCUUGGUCCACUUCACUUCCUAAGAGGGCGUGGCUCAUCAGUACUUACAAUUCGGAAGCCCAACUUGUUGAUUUCAGAUGAUUGGACAGUAAAAGUUGUGUAAGAAUUCGUAAUUUUCAUUAUAUGAUAGAAAGGAGAAAGAUAUGGUAAGAAAGGAAUGAUGCACUUUUUAUGUUGCAUCCCCGGAUUAAAAUUGUUAUCCUCGAGACGUGAACUAAUGACAUUUGUUAAAGCAGACAUUAAAAGUUCCUCUCAUGCUGAUAUGGGUUGUUGUUACCA